CCACCGCCGCCGCCACUGCUCCGACAGUUUCGCAACCUACUUCGCCAGGGUUCUGAAGCAUGUGCACGAGGGCCUCAGCCUCUCACAGGAGGCCGUAAGCGUCACGGAUUCGUUCGUCAAGGAUAUCUUCGAGCGCAGUGCCGAGGAGACCUCUCGCAUUGCCCGCUUCACCAAGUGCUCCACCAUCACCACCAGGGAGAUCCAGACAGAUGUGCGCCUGCUGCAGCCUGGGGAGAUUGGCAAGCACACCGUGUCCGAGGCCAUGAAGGUAGUCAUCAGGUUCUACGGACGCAGAUGA